AUGAAUCGUAUCGACGACUCGCAACAAUUCACCGAAUUGGUUCAGCAAGUGAAGAACCCGGGAAGUGAUAUAUUUUACCUAAUCAAAAGUUUGGGAAAAACCAACUUUUUGAUCAAACAUCAAGGCAAAAAGUACAAAGUAUCAAUAGGAGAAAAAAACGAGUGUUCUUGUUCAUUGAGGCGCACCUGUAAUUGUAUUCAUAUUCUUUUUGUGUUGAUGAAAAUAUAUGGCAUUGAUGAGGAUGCAGAAUUGCUUCGGAAGAUGGGAUUCAAUCAGUAUGAGCUGAAUAAUAUUCUUUGCGGCAAGAAGUGUUUUUAUGAAAAAAGAAAGCAAAAAGAGGCUCAAUUGAUCAAGCAGCAAACCAACGAUGAGCCUGAAAAAAAAGGCCCGAAAGGAAUUGAAGAGGGGGAUUGUUGUCCGAUUUGUAUUGAGGAUCUCAAGCCAGAAGAAGUAGAUAAUUUAGUUUGUUGUCGUUACUCUUGUGGAAAUUACAUUCAUGCCUCUUGUUUGAAGGAAUACUUUGCAAAUUGUUAUCAUAAACAGAAGCCUUGCCCUUUCUGUAGAACAGAUUGGAAAAAUGAUUUAGAAAAUCAGCUUUUGGAGAUCACAAAUAGAAAGUUGAAGAAAAAACAGAACGAAAAUCGUCCUUCAUUUAAAUGUAGCGAAUGCGAUCAAAAUUUGGAUGCAAAAAAGACUGUUUACGUCUGCCAAUUUUGUUACAAGGUCCAUAGCAAUGUUUGGGUCAUGUGCUCGUCGUGUUACUUAAGCAAAGAUUCACAUGUGCAACAUAAGGGAAAGUUUUUUGCAAUCUCGCUUGGAAAUUACAGGAAAAUUGAUCACGAGUUGUUAAAGGAAGAAAAUUUGUCAGAACGACAAAAAGACAUCAUGCCAUUCGCAUACUAUUGUAACAGAACCAAAUCUACUCCCGAUACAAGUUGUGACAAAAAGAUAUCGUAUUCCACCCCUAAAAAACCACGUUCCGCUGCCUCUCUCAGAACCAAACCUUGCGAAAUUUCAUCUCCACAAACCUUCCCGCACGAAACAUCUCUUACACCCUCUCUGGCCGUAAUUGGAAAUAAUAUUUCAGAGUCAGGUGUCACUUUAUUUUCGGUUUCGAAUGUUAAACCUUUAGUCAAGCAAGCAAGCUCGUCUAUUGUCAAGAAAGGAACAACAGUUAAGCAGACUGCCUCCACACACUCAGAGCACCACGAUCUUACCUCUCUGCUAACUAUUGUGCAAACACAAAUAACAGUUCCACCCAGCUCUCCAAGAAAACGAUAA